CUUCCUGUCCCCUUGAUCCACUGUUACCCAACACAAACACACCACUGUGGUUUCUAGAAACAAUUUUCUUAUGUAACUCCUCAGACAAACAAACAAAGCUAGUUUUCCAUGAAAAACUAAAAUAUGUAUAAUAAUGUAUAAGACACACAUUAACAAACACACAAACAAGUAUAAAACACUACAUGUGUAGCCUUGGUUACGGUACAUAUUGUUUUGUAUUUAUAUACAUUUAUGAGGCCCUUUUUCAGUUGCACAUAAUUACAAAUUAAGUUUAUUUAAUCUUCUUAUAGGCUAUUAAAUAUAAUAGUUCUGUGCAUUUCACAUUAUAUAGAGCAUAUUUAAUAUCUAAUAUCUUGACUAGCAAACUGAUAUAUGUCUAUAUGUAUAUAAAUAAUAUGGGUGAUUAUUAAUGUAAAUGUAUGUUUUAUAAAGUAUGAACUGUAACCCGUGUGUCACCCAGAGCCCAGAGAAUGCUACCUGUCAAGAUUCAGGGUUACACAUCAACAGUGACAUUUAGUAAUUGGUAAUAAAAGUAAUAUAAAAAUAUAGAAAUGGUAGAUGCUGCCUAUAUGGCCUAUGCUUGGCUCUGGUGCCAGUAUCCUACUUGAAUUAUAGUCUACAUUUACUUCAUUAGACCUGUUUUUCUUCUAUAUUUCUUGCCUGCACUGGUGCGUGUUAAUGUAUGCAUCAAUAAUAACGAUCCAUACAUAACUCUAGAACACUGCCAAUGACCAUUCUGCUAAUUUUAGUUUUAUUAGGUGAUAAAUCUGUGAGAGUGGAUGGUUGUUUAUCUCUAUAUGUGGCCCUGUGAUGGACUAUUAGACCUGUCCAGGAUGUACCCCGCCUAUCGCUCUGUCAGCUGAGAUUGGCACAGCAGCCCCUGUGACCCUCAUGUGGUGAGGUAGAAAAUGGAUGGAUGGAUAGCUGAUAAAUCUCCUGUACUCACCCAAAUAAUACAGUUUAAAACCAUAUACACUCCACAGUCACUUUAUUAGAAACACGGGACACCAAAUAAAGUGUCACAAGUGUCGCCGGGUGUGCUCUUCGCUAUUAACUCACACAUUCAUACAGCACAUCUAUGUGCAUCUCAUUUUCUUUCUUAUCAGAUCAGAUACACUCUGCCAACACAGCCAUCAGGAGCAAUGUGGGGUUGAGUGUCUCAAGUGUUUCAAGUUGAAAGAUGACUCGCUCUACCACUGAGCUACAUGUUGUGCAUGAGAAGCAUAACAGUACUUCUAUCAUUUAGAACCAUUUUGAACAUUCUCCUCUGACCUCUUGCAUCAACCAGGCCCUUUCACCCAGAGAAAUGCUGCUCAGUUGAUAUUUUCGCUCCUUUUGUCCAUUCUCUGUAAAACCCCAGAGUUGAUUAUGUGUGAAAAUAUUCAGACCUUUUUCCCAUCCUGAUUCUUGGUUUGAAGUUCAGUAGGUCAUCUUGUGCAUGUCUAUACUUCUAAGUGUAUUAAGUUGUUGAUAUGUGGUUGGCUAAUUGGAUUUUGCAUUAAUAAGCAGUUAAACAAGUGUACCUAACAUAGUGGACAGUGAGUUUAUAAGCAGGAUGUUGCCUGGACUAUUCCAAAAUUAUUCUUUGAUAACAAGUUGCCUGUACUUCACCGAUAACACACCUGUACCUAUAUGGUACUUUUUAUGAUUGGUUUAUAAAAUAUGUUUAGGUGUUAUAGAUUACAUUUUUAGAUCUACUUACAGAACACUAAUGGGGCCCAUUCUGUAAAAUUACUUUUAUACUUAUUUACUCACCCAAGUAGUAUUUUUUACAGUGUAAUGUUGUUACACUAUAAAACCAUAUAAUGAACUGUAUUACAAACAAAUCAAGUCAUUAUCCAUCCAUCGAAGGCAAUCUCUUUUAAAGAAUUCAAAUGUCUUUAAUAUAAUUGCAUGGUUAUGUUUAACGCCUUAAAAACAGUUGUUGGUGUUUGUUUUUUGAACAUGGCCAUGUCAUUAUAUUGAGGGCAUUGUAAUUGUCUAAAAGAGAGUAUACUGCAGUGAUCUCUGGAUUUGGUUCUACAAUCCCACCCAAAGAGCAACACAAACAAACUUGAUGUAAUUACCGGAAGCACUUAAGUUUUUAAAGGAUUACGGGGGUUUGACAAAAAAUAUUCUCCUCAUUGAGACCAGGGGUUUUACAAGGUUUGCAUUGCACUUUGCACUGCAGCAAGUUUUCGGAAUCAUUAUAAGAAACUUAUAUUCUGGGAAAAAGUAUUGUGAAAAAAAGCAGCAUGAGACAUGAAGGACAUUUCAUAGCUGAAAAGCACAGGUUUAGUUGCAUUAGGAAUGGCUUUGUUUAUUAGACUACCAGGCUCCUAUAAACUACAUGAAACCUCAGGCUAUUAGUUAUCUAUAUCUGGACAAAUGCUAUAUUAUUAUUUAUAACUUUAUACAUGUAUAAAGUUCAUGAUUCAGUAUAUUUUGAUUUAGAGCAGCACACAGACAAGCACAGAUAUACAAACCACAAACAUUAAGGUAGAGAAAGCACUCAAAGAGUUACAGUUACACUGGUGAUACACUCUAAAAAUGUAUAAUGAAAAAAUAAUAAUCUGUAAGUGCACAAAUGCUAACAAUGUGUAAACAUUCUGUGUUAAAUUAACAAACUACUGAUAUAAAUAUAUAGAUGCAAUAAUUAUAUAUUUUUAUAUUCAUAACCAACUUUUCAUUUGAAGACAAAUCUCAAAGUGCUACAAAGAUACAUAAAUUGUAUCAAUUUAAAAGCUUUAAAAAGCUAACAUACAUAUAUAAAAAUCAUAAGAAAGUAUAGGUAUAAAAGACACAUGAAAGACAGACCAUUCGUUUUUCUGAAACAGCUUCAUCUCCUCUAGACAGUGCAGAUACAAGUGAUCUGUUAUAGUGUAUGUUAAUUGCCAUUGUAGUUUCCCUCCUCUGCUGCAGGAGGCGCUGCAGGCAGCUACAACGUAAACACAGUUGUGGCUACAUAGAGGCGGCUAACACGGUGGCUAACACUGGUACAGAUUAGCUUGACAGUUGAAGAAGAGGACAUGGUUUCAUAUUUUUCGCUGUAUUGUUUUAACGAAUUAGAGCGUGACCACAACAGUUUCGCCACACAGGAGCAGUUUUCGGUUACCGUUUUUAUUUUAAGACAAAGCUGACACAAGGUAACAUAGCUUAGCUUAGCUUCCGUCCGUUGUAAAAGUAUGAAUUCUCUGGUUGGAUACGGGACGUCAUCUGAAUCUGACAGUGAUGGGGAUGAGGACACCAGUGGAUUUGGAUCUGUUAAGAAGGCCUGUGAUGAGGCGACAUCUGUCCAAAAGACCCGCAACUUCUUGCUGGAGUCUGGUUCAGCAUCCAGUAAUUCAGGCAGUGAGUCAGCACCAGAGGAAGGGGGUCCUGAAUCCUCCUCGUUCCCACUACAUCCCCUGCCAUCACCAGCAUCGUCUGCAGCCAGUCAACCCAGGCUUCCUGUUCCUUCCCUGGGCUCACUCAAUCUUUACAAACUGCCUCCUCCUCCUCUGAAUGCCUGCUCCGACAGCAGUGUGUUUGCAAACCCUUUCAAAGCUCAGGCAGACCAGAAGCUCAGUGCCUUGCAGAAACAUGUUCCUUUAACAAUGCAAGCCAAACCCUCCCAGAUAGGAGGCAAACGUGUGUGUGUGUCAUACAGGAAAGACGGACGGUGCAGGUUCGGGAUCAAAUGCAAGUUUGCGCAUGACAGUGACCUACAGAUGCCAGUCACUGCCGCUGAUGGUCAUCAUCUUCAUUCUCCCAUGGGUGAUGAAGCACCAUCAUCAGAACAUGAUGUGCCUAACACAAGUAGCUCAAGUGGAACUGGCUCCAAGAAGCCCACUGAGGAAAAGUCAGGAGGGCAACAGGUGAAGAAGAGGAAAGUUGGACUGAGCAACACUUUGAUUCCUCCUAAACGAGCAAUGAAGCAGUAUGCCAUGCUCAGGGACAGAGAGCGGGUCAGUAUGUCCUAAUGGAACACUGUAAUAUGAAUAGUAUGUAGUGCAGCUGAGGUAUGUUCUCUCUGUGUGCAUGUCUGUAGACUGAUUUGUGCUGUCUGUUAGUGAAACAGUCAGUGAAUUCCAAUUACGUUAUAUCUGGUAGUAACUUUCAUUGUGUAAAUAAUGUAACGUAAAAAAACCAUGUAAAAUAAAGACAUUUUAUCUUUGCACAAAUCCCAUAGGCAAUGAAUCCUUCUCAAAUAAGAAUUAAAUUGCAGUCUGUGCAAUUGACUAAUGGUGUUAUUCAAACUACUAUAAUAGAUUAAUAAACCUAAAUGUAUUCUCUCA